AGGAAGAGGAGGAGAAUUGCGGCGGAACCCUCCGCGCAGCGCCGUGCGGGCGGCGGGGACGCGUUUUGCGGGGAGCAGAACGCGGAAGCGGCCGUGCGAGGAGCGGCGCCCCCCCGCCGCCGCCAUGUCCUCCGACUUCGAGAGCUACGAGCAGGACUUCGCCGUGCUGACGGCCGACAUCACGGGCCGCAUCGGCAAGGUGCCCAAGCUGCUCGGAGAUGAGAAGAAGCAGAUGGUUGCAAAUGUCGAGAAACAGCUUGAAGAAGCAAGGGAACUGCUUGAGCAGAUGGAGCUUGAAGUUCGAGAGAUUCCACCUCAAAGUCGGGGAAUGUACAGCAGUCGAAUGAGAAGCUACAAACAAGAAAUGGGAAAACUUGAAGCUGAUUUCAAAAGGUCACGGAUCGCCUACAGUGAUGAGGUGCGGAAUGAGCUCCUAGGGGAUGACGGGAAUUCCUCAGAGAACCAGAGGGCACAUCUGCUCGAUAACACAGAGAGGCUGGAAAGGUCAUCUCGGAGACUAGAGGCUGGAUACCAAAUAGCAGUGGAAACCGAGCAGAUUGGACAGGAGAUGCUGGAAAACCUCAGCCAUGACAGAGAGAAGAUCCAGCGUGCUCGGGAAAGGCUUAGAGAAACAGAUGCAAAUCUGGGGAAGAGCUCCAGGAUUUUGACAGGGAUGUUGCGAAGGAUCAUCCAAAACCGAAUUUUGAUCGUUGUUCUGGCACUCUUCAUCAUCCUCACCACCGCGAUGGCUAUUUAUUUUUCUGUCAAGAGACGCUGAUAUCUUUGUUCUUCACUAAGCAGCAACAAACUGCUUGUUCUGAGUAAUUAAGACAAAGUGGUCACAUGAAUCAUUCUCUUGCACUGACAGAGUCUCCCUCUCUUUUCCACUAUUCAACUCAGGUGCAAGUGGUGUAAAAUAUUUUGUAUUAUUGAUGGCAUAGCUGAUGGUAUGUGGGGAUGAUUAUUUUUCUUAUAUUUUUUUGUCUUUAUCUGAGUGUUUCUGGAAUCUUAAUAUUUGUUUGGGGGAGGGCUUGCUCUGGUGUAGAAAGACCUAGUGUGUGUCCAAUUCUACCCCAGACAAUUAGUAUGUAAGUUCGAAGAGUUUAGAAGGGUAAAAGUGGUCUUUGCACUUUUCUUGUGCUAUACAGGGUGUAUGAAUAUCAAGCAGUAUCUGACCUUAUGUAAUAAAGAAUAUGAGUAAAGCACAGACCAAUGAUGUAGGAAGUGAACCUGUCUCCUGUGACUAACUCCUGAUCAUGAAUCAUGGUAAUAGAGGUAAGCAGGUUAAGAACAGCAGGUAGUUUUUAAAAGAGAGCAACCUUUAGAUGAUGUUUAAUAUCUCCUGUGAAUCCAAAACAUUAUUUAACUUUUUAUUUUUUUUUAAUUAAUCUUUCUUUUCUGCCUAUUCAAAACACUUCCAUCAAGAUUAUGAUAAAGCAUCACUUGCCCAAAAAGAUAGUUGUGGCCACAGUCCAUCUCUUGAAUCAGUUUCAAAUCUUCCAAUGUUGAUAUAAGUACUGAUAAGUGUAUACACUAGAUCUUUAUUAAAGGUGUACAAAGGUACUUACCUAUUCAUUGCUGAUUGAAAAGAGAUCCUAAAUAAUAGUUUAGUGGCAAGCACUUGACUACCAUUAAAAAAUCUAGAUUUUGCAUAUUGGCCUAUGUUGACACCAUGUGUUGAAAAUAUUUUUAGUGUAUUCAAUUCUGAUGUGAUGUUCCCCCUUUUAAACAGAAACUGUAAAAAUGUUAAUUUAUACAAGCUUUUAGGUCAUACAAUAUAUCAGAAUUUCAUCUUCUAGGC